UUCUCUUCAAUUGAAACUUUGACUGCAGCUAAACGCCUACGAUAACGUUGCUGUGCUGGUUCUCCAGCGUUCAAAUUUUAUGUUUCAUCACACGUGUCAAAAAUUUACCCAAAAGCAGGUAGCCGUCCUCCUGGCGUGACCUUUUUGGCUCAUUGACUCGGACAGCCGUUAUGUCACACAUUCUUCAUCGAACUUCAUCGGGUGAACGCUUCUGUACUUAUACCCCAGUUCUAUUUGCCAUUCGAUGUAUCACUUGGACCCACACUCUCAUCCAAGACCAAUAAAGAUGCUACCACACAACAUUGUUUUCAAAACCCUCCUCCGAGAGAUCCCAGAGGCGGAACUCAGGAGAACUCAGAAUACUCCUCAUUUCACGGGUGGCUUUGGUGAUGUCUGGAAAUGCACCUGGCCCACCAGUAAUCCCCCUCUCACAGUUGCAAUCAAGGUAGUGAGGGUCGCUGACUCCGAUAAGACGGCAUCGGUGGAAAGGACUGCACUGAGUAUACGACGUGAGGCCUAUGUCUGGGCCAACUUGGAAGAUGACCAUGUCCUUCCGCUUCACGGAAUUACAACUGGUUUCGGAGUCUUACCAGCGUUUGUUUCAUCAUGGAUGACAAACGGGUCUCUCGAAAACUACCUGAAAGACGCACCUACUCUUUCGACAUCCCAGAAGCUGGACAUGUCACGCCAGAUAGCAUCCGGUCUCAAGUAUUUGCAUGAAAAGGGCAUUGUCCAUGGCGAUUUGACACCGACCAACGUACUCAUCGACAGUGACAAGAAGCUUCUCCUCUCAGACUUCGGUCUCUCAAUGGUCCUCGCAGAAUCGGGAAACCCCACAUUCAACUCCUAUCACGCGGGUAACGUGCGUUGGAUGGCCCCCGAAAUGGUUGAGGAGCUGGCAAGGCCAACAAUGCCUGCAGACGUAUAUUCUCAUGGUUGUAUUGUGCUUCAGCUACUUUGUGGUGAACAACCUUACUCCUGGGCGGCGCAGGCGAUUCACGUGAUAACGGCGAUGUUGAGAGGAAGAAAGCCCUUUGGCCCGCUCACAGACGUUGAUGAAGACCAUAAGAAGUAUUGGCUGAAAUGUCUCUCCGCCGAAUGCCAGGAUCGACCUGAAGUCACAGGAAUCGUAGCAUUCAUAGAAACCGAGCUGCAGAAGCUUCGAUGACGAGUAAUUAUAGUCAACACUUUCCAUGCGGCUGCUACAAAUACGUUGUCCGUAUCGAUUUACGACCUCGCGACUUACUCAUACCUUUAUUCACCUUUGUACUCGUAACCCUGCUUUAAAGUUUGUGUUUGGAGCUUAUCAAAUAUUGUCUUCCUAAA